AUGCAGUUCAGUUCGCCUUUGCAACUCGCCGGGCUUCUCGCCCUCGCCGCGACUGUCAACGCACACUUGCAUAUGUCCACACCGGCGCCAUUUCCCGGCUACAACAGUGGUCCGUUGGGCAAACAACCUGACGGAAGCUUCAACCCCUUCCCGUGUCAGGGCAAGAUGACCGGCGGCACUGCGACGGAGCUUCAGCUGGGAUCUUCAGGCAACAAACUGGUUUUCAAGGGCAGCGCCGUGCACAGCGGUGGCUCUUGCCAAGUCUCACUAACCUACGAAGCUAACCCAACCAAGGACACAGUAUGGAGGACCAUCACGUCGUUCCACGGCGGCUGCCCGAUCAAAUACGAAGGAAACAUGCCCGAAAACGCCGCAGCCGUCCUCGACUCGGGCCUCACCUAUGACGUACCCGCCGACAUCCCCGAGGGCGAGGCCAAGAUCGCCUGGACCUGGAUCAACAGGACCGGCAACCGCGAAUUUUACAUGCAGUGCGGCCCAGUCAAGCUGAGCGGCAAGGGCGGCAGCAAGGCCAACUUUGAAAAGCUGCCCGAGAUGGUCGUCGCCAACGUCGACGGCUUCCCCUGCAAGACCGAGGAGGGCAAGGAUUACAAGUACAAGAACCCCGGCAGCAAGGUCGUGAGCGCACCUGGUCUCAAUCUGGUGACGCUCGAGUGCGGCGCUGGUGGUGGUGGUAGCGGCGGUGCUGCUGCUCCCGCCCCUGCCCCUCCUACUCCUACUCCUGCGCCUGCUGCGGCUCCCGCUCCGGCUGCUGGUGGCGGUGGCGAUGGCUGCACGGCUGGUGCCUUCAAGUGCGUCGGCGAGUUCAAGUUUCAGCAGUGCGCCAACGGAGCCUGGGCCGCCGAGAUGCCCGUCGCUGCCGGGACAAAGUGCCAAGACGGCAAAUUUGUUAAGCGCUCCCUGGAAAGGCUCCAUAUGCGUGACUUUGACUGGUCGGUCUAA